AUGAAUGAAACUAGCGGCAUUAAAAAAGUUGUUUAUAAGCCAAUAGUUUUAUUUUAUUGGAUAUUUAUUGCUCCAAUUGUUGUGACAGGCUUUACAUUCUUCUUUUACUACAAAAAUAAACAUAAUAUUCCAGGAAGGCUUCCAACAAUUUCCACAGCCGCAUCUUUGUUACCAGAAAGCAGAAUAUUUGCUAUGGGAAUUAUUAUUUGCUGCUGGUUGCUCUUCGCUGGCUAUAUAAUAUUGGAUCGCACUUUGAAGCUUUUAACUAAAAUGAAACAUAUAGCCAAAGCACCACUUGUUCAACUGACUCAUUAUGCAACGGGAAUUGCUUGCGGUUUAGCAUUCUUCAGUUUAGUCGGACUUUGCUCAGUCAAUAUCAAAUCAAAUGAAGUAUUUCAUACGCUCUGUGCAGUCUGCUUCGUAUUUUCGAUUUCUGUUACAUUUGUUCUAAUUGACUACCAAAUAAUGCGAUCAGGACCUUCCAAUUACAUGUUUAAUACACUAUGCACUCUUUGCAUACCAGUUCUGGCUAUGAUUGGCGCAUUAGUAACCAAAUUUUCAACAAAUGACAAUGUGUACAAUUUUGGCGUUAUUUUAGAGUAUAUCAGUUCAUUUAUGAUUCCUUUUAAGUUUGUUUUAAUUGCUCAUAGCAUUCCUCCAUUCAAUAUCGAAGUCACUCAGAAAGAUACCAAGGUCGACUAA